UUUAGUCGGGAUCGAGAAAGAUGAAUUGAAAAAGUUAGCAUUUAUCCCGUUUCGAACAGCUUACUGUUAUCUGCCACACGUUUCUCACACUGCGACGGAAUAAUAUUAGUAUCUGCUGAGACGCAAACAAUUGGCGCCUCUCCAGAUGGACAAAUAGAAGCCAAUUCAUUAAGCUUCAUAGUGAUAAGAUAAGUGCAUGUCGUCGGUAAAAUUGCACGGUUGAAGUCAUAGCUUGUCAAUUGCGAACGUUCUAUUGUGGAAAGUAGUCCGAGGUUAUUAUGUUUCGUGCGUUGCAACGGCGUUCCACAAAGCUAGGCCUUCUGCGCCGAGCAGAGCGGUCAAACUCGUGUUCAACCUCGCGUUUGUACAGUUCAUCCUCAAACAAAAACAAUGACAAGAGUUUCGCCGAACGGGUGGAAGCAAACCAGGACAAUCCGAUAUCGCGGACGCUCAAACUGCUUGGCAAUGAUAUGCAACGGGUCAAAAAGUUCAUCCUGCCCAAGAGUGCUUCCAAAGGAUCUUCGGAAGAAUCGAUCGAAAACUAUCUCGAGCGGUACCGGAGGGACAACUUUCAGUCGCACUGUGACGUCCUUGUGAUCGGUGGCGGCGGAGUUGGUUCCUCGAUCGCUUACUGGCUGAAGAAACGUGCCCGCGAUGGCCUCAAUGUGGUGGUGGUGGAAAAGGAUGCGACGUAUGGUCAGGCGUCGACCUGCCUAUCGGUCGGAGGGCUGAGACAACAGUUUUCAAUCGUGGAGAACAUACAAAUGAGUCUGUACGGGGCGGACUUUAUGCGCCACAGUAACGAGUACCUUGGCCCUGAAGUCGAUUUGAAUUUCACGCCCUACGGCUACCUUCUGCUGGCGAGCGAGGCCGGGGCGGAGCAGCUGAUGGAAAAUUCGAAGCUACAGAACACGCUCGGUGCCAAGAACGAACUGCUUACCGCAACCCGAUUGAAGCAAAGGUUUCCCUGGAUGAACACCGAAGGCAUCGCCUUGGGAUGCCACGGACUGGAGAAAGAGGGCUGGUUUGAUCCGUGGGCGUUGCUGUCCGGAUUCAAGAAACGGGCCAUCGAGUACGGGGCUCACUAUGUGGAAGCGGAGAUGGUCGGUUUCGGGUUCCGCCAACAGCCGGAUAUUUUGGCCGAUGGAAUCGAAGAGGGUUCGUACGAGGGCAUCGACCGGGCAUAUCUGAAGAUGAAGGACGGCGAAAUGCGUGAGGUGAAGUUUGCCAUUGCCAUCAUCGCAGCCGGAGCACAGUCUGGCGCCGUGGCACGGAUGGCUCGGAUCGGAACCGGCAAAGGCAUGCUGUCAGUUCCGCUUCCGGUGGAACCGAGAAAGCGGUUCGUUUAUGUGUUUCAAUGCGAGAAUGAUCAGGGGCCGGGCAUCAACACGCCCCUUACGAUUGACCCGAGUGGAACGUACUUCCGGCGUGACGGACUCGGCGGAAACUAUCUGGGCGGUAAGAGUCCGCUACCGGACGAGGAACCUCCCGUCGAUACGCUGGAUGUUGACCACGGGUUCUUCGAGAAGACCGUCUGGCCCAAUCUGGCCCAUCUGGUGCCGAGCUUUGAGGCGAUCAAAGUGAAAAAUUCUUGGGCUGGAUAUUACGAGUUCAAUACCUUCGAUGAAAACGGGAUCGUCGGACCACAUCCGUACUAUAACAACCUGUACAUUGCUACUGGCUUUAGUGGACAUGGCAUCCAACAAACUCCGGCCGUGGGACGGGCCGUUUCGGAGAUGAUCAUCGAUGGAGGGUUUCGGACGAUCGAUUUGACUCGGUUUGGUUUCGAUCGAAUUAUCAUCGAUCAACCGAUGUACGAAGCGAACAUUUUCUAGUCGUUCUACUGUUAAUACAUCUACAACGUUGGUUAAACAAAACACAUGGCUAUCGAUUAGAUUUUUGAACCAAUUUAUUACAGGUCUUUAUCUCAUCUAACGACAAACAAGGUGUACCGGCAGCUAGAGCAGUAUCGCACAAGAGUAUCUAUCGUAAUCGAGUAAGCCGGGCCCGAUCGCUUUUCCUGACGUCACGGCGAUGUAACAUGGGAGUGCGAGCAAAUCUUAUACACUAAAAACAGGCUUUUCAGAGGGCGGCUGCCUUACUUAAAUUGUCCUGGAGUGGGUCCGAAGAGACCUCCAGCUUGCUUGCUUGCAGCCCGCGAUGGUGCAAAGCCAAGCAUUUUUUGUAUGUUCUGUCGAAUCGACAUCGUGCAGAGGAUGUACAGGAAAAUAAAGGAGCAUUCCGUGUAGUCAUCGCCGGGCAGAUUUCGGUGGCUCAGUCCCUGGAUCCAGGAAAUCGGCAGGAACGGAAGACGGGCCACAAUUCGGCCGUCGAAGCUGAAGGAAAGGUGGUCAAGAAAUUAAGAAUUGAUAGACGUUUUGGGGAGCACAACAGCUGCUUACAUGCUAUUGAACAUGCUGAGCAGGGCGGUGAAGGCAAAACCGAUAGCAAACAUCGAUUUCAUUUUGACUAGCGACAGAUCACGGUUGUUGUUCUUCAGUUUUUCUUCAUCCCGUUCAAUUUUCUUCUUGUGGCUCUUGUCCAACGACUCUCCAAGCGUUUCUUUACGUUUCUCCACUGCAAUAAAACAAUCGAGCGAUUGGGCGAUAAAUAUG